GAUGGGACGUUGUCAUGUUUGAUCGUAGAAGAAUUCUUCUUGGAAGAUCUCGGUCUCGGAGUACCGGAUUUAGAGUGGUGUCGUUUACGUGGAGUUCCACCCUUGACCAUUUGGAUCUUUCGUGAAGCCGAGCUGACUUUCAAAGCAGGGCUUUUUAAGGUCCUUUUAGAAAGUCCAUCAAUAGAAGUAGAUUGCUUCUUGGUGGGCCGGGCCCGAGAUGGAGAAACCACCGAAACAGGGGCAUCAUCUUCUCGCGAAGGAGGGGUGGAGAGAACGAUCUUGCUCCGAAGCUUCACCUUCUCGAUUGCUAUCACCGGGGCUGGAUCUGCGAGACCCUGAUGCUUCGCCAGAGCCUCUUGAUUCUGGAGUUCCGCUUUAAGAUCAUCUCCCAACAGAUCGUCAUUCUCGAGCAUGCUUUCGUCCAUGGAACCAAAAUCAUCAUCACCCAAGUCAAGACAGUCCAACUGUGGAUCCAUCCGACCGAAAUCCAGAGCAUCAUCCCAAACUGAAUCAAUCGGGAUGUGAGUUCCACCAGUCUUUUCGCCCUCUGGACACGUCUCAGGCACAUGCAGAGGAGAAUUUAUCACGGCUUGGGAUUAGCGGAUGGGACCGUAAGAUCUCCAGGGACCGGAAAACCAUUAGAAUCAAUCAAAGGAGGAUUCAAGGGCAGCGAAUUUUCUCUGGCGUUCUCCUCCUCCUCUUCAAGCGUCAGUUCAUACCAACUUUUCCUACGAGGGGGAGAAGAGAUUUGGUUGUUCAGAGAGAGAUUAGCAAGCGAUAGGUGGGGUUGAAGGUCAACGGGUAUGGACGCCUGAAUUGUGAAAUUCAGGGAUUUCUUAGCCGAGCUUCCAAUGCCGGGGGGAGAAGGCGAUGAUGAAUCGGGACGGGAGGAAAUGUCCGUUGCUUUUCCAGACUGCGACUUCUUUUGGAGGUUGAGGCGGAAAGGGCGAUCUUUUGGAGGUUGAAGCCGCACCACCUGCUUCAAUGACAAAGCCACUCAAGAAAGGUAAGAGAGAUGCGGAACAGGAUUUGAACAUCCAAGUUCCGAAGAAACAGAAGAAAGAGUUGAGUGCUGCUGUUCUCAAGGAGAAAGCUGAGAAAACGGUACCGAAGAAGGUAGAUAGCAGUUCUGACUCAUCAGAUUCUUCUGAUUCUGAGGAAGUGCAGAAGACUAAGAAAGUCACUGAAAAGGCACCUCCAUCUAAGCUGAAGGAUGACUCUUCUUCUGAAGAAGAGGAGGAUAAUUCUUCUUCUGAAGAGGAGGAUGAUUCUUCUUCGGAUGAGGAACCUGCCCCUGCAAAGAAGCAACCAGAACCUCUUAAGAGAGACAAGGUAGAGAGCAGCUCAUCUGAUGAUGAUUCUUCUUCAGACAAGGAAACCGCCCCUGUGAAGAAGAUUUCGAAGGUAGAGAGCAGUUCUUCAGAGGAUGGAUCUUCUUCAGACGAGGAAUCUGUCCCUGCAAAGAAGCAACCUGCAAUUGCUAAGAAAGACAGCUCAUCCGAGGAUGGAUCUUCUUCAGACGAGGAAUCUGUCCCUGCAAAGAAGCAACCUGCAAUUGCUAAGAAAGACAGCUCAUCCGAGGAUGGAUCUUCUUCAGACGAGGAACCUGCCCCUGCAACGAAGCAACCAGAAAUUGUUAAGAAAGACAGCUCAUCUGAGGAUGAUUCUUCUUCAGAUGAGGAAACUACCCCUGUGAAGAAGCAACCAACAGCUGUUAUGGCAGACAGCAGUUCAUCGGAUGACGGAUCUUCAUCUGACGAGGAGGCCGCACCUGCAAAGAAGCAACCAACUGUUGUUGAAAAACCUAAGGCAGAAAGCGGCUCGUCUGAGGACGAAUCUUCUUCAGAUGAGGAAUCUACCCCUGUUAAGAAGCAAACUGCAGCCGUUAAGAAUGCCAAAGCAAAGAGCAGUUCAUCAGAAGAAGAUUCUUCUUCAGACGAGGAGCCCACACCUGCCAAGAAGCCAACAGUUGUUAAGAGUGCCAAACCAGUUGCAGAAGAUUCAACAUCCUCAGAGGAAGAUUCUGAUGAUGAGGAAAGUGAUGAUGAAAAACCUCCAACGAAGAAGGCUAAAGUUUCACCAACAAAAACUUCUAAACAAGAAAGCUCUAGUGAGGAAUCUGAUGAGGAGGAGAGUGAAGAUGAGAAAGUGACCCCAAAGAAAAAGGAUUCUGAUACUGAAAUGGUGGAUGCGGAGCAGAAAUCAAUUACAAAACAGCCGAAGACACCAACAUCUCAGAAUCAGGGAGGAACAAAGACCCUAUUUGCUGGAAAUCUUUCCUAUGGAGUUAAGAAAGCUGACAUAGAAGAUUUCUUCAAAGAAGCUGGUGAAGUUGUGGAUGUUAGAAUUGCUUUACAUGAAGAUGGGAAGAUGAAGGGAUUUGGGCAUGUUGAAUUUGCUUCUGCAGAAGUAGCUCGGAAGGCAUUGGAACUGAAUGGUAGAUCCUUACUAGGCCGUGAUGUCCGGCUUGAUCUUGCUAACGAAUCUGCACGCAAUACUCCAAGGAGCAGCAAUCCUGGUCGCAUAGCAGAAGGAAGCCAAAGUCGAAAGCUUUUUGUGAACGGAUUCAAUUCUUCUCUUGGAGAAGAUGAACUCAAGAGUGCCUUUAGAACUCUGUUUAGUACCUGUGGAGAAGUGGCAAGGAUUUCUAUUCCAGUAGAUCGUGAGACUGGUGCCAUUAGGGGGAUGGCUUUCAUAGAUAUGAAAAGUGGAUUCAAUGAGGCUUUGCAACUCGGCGGAAGUGAUAUUGGAGGAAGGAACAUAACGGUGGAAGAGGCUAGACCAAGAGUUACUGAUGAGGGGGCUGGUUCAUAUAACAGACCUGAAAGGGAGGACGGUGGCCGUUUCUCAAAUAGAAGACCUGGUAGGGCACCUGGUAGAGAUGGUAGGGGACCAGGCCGUUUCAGUAAGCCUGGAAGAGGACCCAGCAAACCAAGUAUAAUUGCAUCAUCCCAAGGGAAGAAGACCGUCUUUAAUGAUGAUGAGUAGGAGACUUUUUUUGGUUGGAGAUGACUCUUGUGUUUGUUCUAUCUUUUAUUUAGCUUUUUUUGGCCUCUAGUUAAUUUCGUUUCCUAUCGAUGAGUUUACUCUCUUCUCAAGAUAUAUUAUGUGUUGGCUUCUCUUAAACUAAGAGCGUUUUGCUACUUAAAUUUUUGAACAAGUCCUUUAAUGGUUUUCAUUACUAGCUUUGCUGCA